CCAUGUGUGGCUGAGUACGGCAUUUACGACAGGACAUUUCAGCGGGAUUCAGCUAUAUUUUUGGUUUGUGUGUAAAUGUUUGUAAUUUCCGGCGGUGAUAUUUGUUUAUGCUACGUUUGAGCUUCCUGUGUUCGUCUUACAAAUGUGUCCGGUGUUUCUUUGUGCUUAUUAAUUCAUUUCGACUGAUGGAGCAGUUCGCAUUUCGUAGCUACAGGAUGUACUAAUUGUUUAGCGUGACAUGUUUCCAGUACGGCCGCUGUUAAGUGCCUUAGUUAACCACAUACAGACAAAACAGAGAAACGGUGCUCUUCUUAAGUUGUGCAGGAUGACUGAAGGAUCCACAGACCAGCAGACAGCUAAGCUGUUGAAAAGGGCAAAUGAGGAAAAUGAAGAUUCUGCAGAAGCUGCCAAAAGAGUAAAAGCAGAUGGAGAACAUGCUGAAGAUGACAAGAAAUAUCCUAAAAAGAAAGUGGUUCUGCUUCUGGCAUACUCUGGGAAGGGAUAUUAUGGGAUGCAGAGAAAUCCUGGAAACUCUCAGUUUAGGACCAUCGAAGAUGAUCUGGUUACUGCUCUAAUUAAAUCUGGUUGCAUUCCUGAAAACCAUGGUGAUGACAUGAGAAAGAUGUCUUUCCAAAGAUGUGCAAGGACAGAUAAGGGUGUGUCUGCUGCUGGUCAAGUCGUGUCUUUGAAGUUGCGGUUGAUUGAGGACAUCAUUGAAAAGAUAAAUGAGCAUUUGCCACCACAGAUCAGGGUGCUUGGACUUAAACGGGUGACCCAGGGUUUCAAUUCCAAAAACAACUGUGAUGCCCGUACAUACUCCUAUAUGCUUCCAACUGUUGCCUUUUCUCAAAAAGACUACGACACUGGGAACAUAGCAGCCUUUCGUGUAGAACCAGAGACACUUCAGAGAGUGAACCGGCUUUUUGCCCUCUACAAAGGCACCCACAAUUUCCACAACUUCACUUCCCAGAAGGCUGCAAAUGACCCCAGUGCCCGCCGAUAUAUUACAGAAAUGUCCUGUGGAGAGCCUUUUAUCUGCAGCAAUCAUGAGUUUGCAGUGAUCACAGUGCGUGGUCAGAGCUUUAUGCUGCACCAAAUUCGCAAGAUGAUUGGCUUGGUGAUUGCCGUGAUCAAGGGCUAUGCAAAGGAGGAGGUGAUGGAGCGCAGCUGGGGACAGGAGAAGGUGGAUGUUCCCAAAGCUCCAGGACUUGGGCUGGUCCUGGAAAGGGUUCACUUUGACCGGUACAAUAAACGCUUUGGAGGUGAUGGUCUGCACGAGCGGCUGGAAUGGGAUCGUGAGGAGGAGGCAAUAAAGGCCUUCAAGGAGGCACACAUCUACCCCACCAUUGUUGAGACAGAGUGUCAGGAGGGCUCCAUGGUUAGCUGGAUGUCCACACUUCCAAUCCAUGACUUUGAAGCCACAGCUGCAGAAACACAAGACAAUAAAGAUCAAAAACAGGAAAAUGCAGAUGAAGGGAAUGACUCUGAUUAGACCACCCUGCCUGUGGAGG